AUGGUUUUGUCAGCAGCGCUCAAAAGGAGCGCCUGUGUCUGGUGUCUUGCUUCAAGAAAAGCACGAGUAUUUUUUGCGAAGCUCUACCCUGAUGCUGACCCAGAGAGUUUCAAGGGCAGCACAGGAUGGCUCCGGAAGUUCAACCUGCGUCAUGGCAUAAAGAACACGGCAUUGCGUGGUGAGAUUUUGUCAGCGGAUAUGUCAGCUGUUGGUUCAUUUCGUGAGGAACUUCAGAAGCUGGUGGAGAGCGAGGGAUAUUCCCGGGAUCAAAUCUUCAAUGCGGAUGAGACAGGAUUAUGGUGGCGACUAACUCCUUCUUCAUCUUUGAACUCUGCAGGCAAAACACGGGCUGCUAACUUCAAGAAGGCCAAAGACCGUGUCACUCUUCUUGCUUGUGCUAAUGCCUCUGGAACACACCGUCUUCCAUUGAUGCUCAUUAAUAAAAGUCAGAAACCAAGGUGCUUCAAGCAUAUGGAUAUGAACAAUCUUCCUGUCCAUUAUUAUGCUCAGAAUAAGUCAUGGAUGGACUGCAGGCUGUUUACUGAGUGGUUCCAUGAACGGUUUGUACCAUCUGUCAGAAAGUUCUGCCGUGACAAAGGGAUUGAGGAGAAGGCACUUCUGUUGGUGGACAAUGCACCAUCUCAUCCAUCUUCAGCAACACUUCAUUCUGAGGAUGGCAGGGUGAAAACACUAUUUUUGCCACCCAAUACAACAUCUGUGAUCCAACCAAUGGAUCAAGGUGUUCUAGACCCAGGUAAGAAACGGUACAAACGUAAGUUGCUAUCACACAUCAUCAUGGAAAAUGAGUCUCCUCAUUUGUCUGUGCCUGAGAUCCUCCAGAAAGUCACCUUAAAGAAUGUUGUCUACUGGAUCUCGGCUGCUUGGAAUGAAGCAUCAAAUGACAGUUUGCGCAAGGCAUGGAAGCAUUUGCUGCCUGAGUCUGACACACCUGAAACAUCUGAAGAUUCUACUCCAAGCAGUGAGGUAUGCAGUGACAUGGUGGACAUGGCUGCCCCUUUGGGACCUGAUGUUCAAGAAGCUUUUGCCGAAUGGUUUGAUUCAGAUUCGAGUGAUGCAGGCCACCAGAUCAUGGAAGACGAUGAGAUUGUGGCAGAUGCACUAGCACAGGGCAACAGUGACGAUGAGAGUGAAGAGGAGGAGGCCAUGGAAGACUGUCGUUCAGUCACACCUCAUGAAGCUUUCAAUGCCCUGGAGACCUCACUGCUGUGGCUUGAAUCUCAAAACACUGAUCCAGCUCAUCUCCUUCUUGUGAAGAAAUGGCGUGACACUGCGGCUCGGAUGAGACAGGAAUCACUGAGGCAAACAUCCAUUACUUCUUUUUUGUACAGAACUGAAUGA